AUGUACUUUUCUUCAAUCAUUAGCGCAGUCGCGCUUCUCUUCACUCCCUCGGUUCUGGCCGACGUCCCACUCAUUACCAACGCAACCGAGUACAUAGACCUAGCCAACUCGCAAGGCGGUUUUCCCAGCCAGACAUUCCGCUCUUCAGCCAUUGUUGCUCCCAUCUUCUUCGUAAAUAAGUGGGAGAAAGACCAAGUCGACGAUGCACCAUUCGUCUUUCUCGGGACCGUAUAUGGAGAAUGGAAAGCGGGGCCCAUGAUAUUCGACGCCCGCGAUAUGAGUCUCAUAUACGCAGAUCAAAGAUAUGAAAAUACUUACACAUCAAACGUGCACAUUAUUAACGGCUCACGAUACUUUGCUUUCUGGGAGGGUGGUCACACUCGCGGCCAUGCCAAUGGAAAUUGCCUCUUCUUCGACGAAGACUACAACCUCAGAUACACCGUCACAGCGCAAGGGCUCGGCGAUGCUGAGGCUGAUAUGCACGAGCUUAGCGUCACAAAAGACGACAGUGUCAUCUUCUCGACAUACUUUAAUAUUCCCUAUGACUGCAGCUCCGUGGGAGGACCAGACAAUGCCCUCCUCAUGGACAGCGGUUUCCAAGAAGUCGAUGCAGCAACUAAUCGAGUUUUAACUGACGAUGGCAACUAUCUCGUCUCCAGUCGCCACCUUUCCCUUCUCACUCUUGUAGAUGGCAAAGACGGCCACCCCAUCUGGAUCCUUGGUGGCAGGAAAAACCAGUUCACCGAUCUAUCCAACGGUGAAGCCACCAAUAUCGGGUGGCAGCACGACGCCCGCAUUCUCCCGUCCAACAGCACGGGCGAGACUCACAUCACCCUUUUCGACAACCACGGCGAAUACAGCGGUGUCUGUCAAGAAAAAUGCCAAACUCGUGCUCUCCACAUCGCCAUCGACCCAGUCGCCCUCACCGCGCGAGUAGUCAGCCAGUUCUUUCACCCAGAAAACAUCGACUCUGGCGCCAUGGGAGGGUACCAAACACUGGACAGCGGAAAUGUCAUGACAGGAUGGGGACACAACCCCGGCUUUGUAGAGUAUAAGAGCGACGGAAUGCCCGUGAUGGACAUCCAAAGAGGUAUCAUUGGUGGCGAGGUUUUGGCAGACAUGUUCGCCUAUAGAGUGAACAAGGGAGAUUGGACUGGAAGACCACCAUGGCCACCAACCGUGGUGGCUGAUGCACCCAAUGGCAACACCCUAGAGGCCACAAUUUACGUUUCGUGGAACGGUGCAACCGAUGUAGCCUCAUGGGCCAUAUUUGCCUCCGAUGAUCACAGGACCAUUAGCAACUAUACAAACCUCAUCGCCGAAUCUCCUCGUCAAGGAUUCGAGACCAUUAUCUCUCUCGCCAGCGAAGAUAUUUCUCGCCGGUACCUCGCCGCAGCAGCCGUAUCGGCCUCCGGUGAUGUCCUCAGUUCAACUAUCGUCAUCGAUCUCGAAAACGACGGUCAGCCUGCCAUCGUCACAAGCGAUAUAGUUAGCCUGAAGCCGCCAUCGCCCCCUCCACCACCGCCGUCUCCAUCGCCGCAAUCGUCUCCAGUACCUCCAACGUCUCCGUCACCGCCAUCGCCGCCAUCUCCAUCACCCUCAGUCUCUUCGGGAGAACAAAGCCUCAGUACUGGCACAUUAGGAGUAAUGAGCGGGUCAGUGUUUAGCGUUGUGGGCAUUUUCUAUGCAGGAGCAUUCUACUGGCGAAAGAAGGCAAGAUUAAGGCGUGGCCAUGGAGAGGAAGGAUACAGAAUGGUUGACAUGAGAGAUUGAGAAGUAGGACGAUGCAGUUAAACAACACAUUAACGCAAUAAAUAAAUAGACAUUUAAUCCUAGAUUAAGAAAAAUAGAAGAAACCAUGACACAGUAUUUAGAUAGAGGCAUUAAUGAAAGGAAAUGAGGGUAUCCUAAAACAAUUGUUUUCUCUUUCAUUUAAAAAAAAAAGAAAAGAAAAGAAAACAAUAAAAAA